AUGAAGAAAAUUAGAAAAUUUUUCCGAGCAUUGGGCGAUGAAGAUUAUGAAGAUUACGAUGAGAUAGAGGAAGAGAAAAUUGAGUUAGCAACAAAGGCCUCUCCAAUUAUUUCAUCUGGCUCUCAAGAUGGAGAUAGUUCAAAUCCUGUUCAUUUAUCUGCAUUUAAAUUUUGCAUACGAGAUUUGCCCAGACUUAUUUCUAGGAAAAACAAUCACUAUAGAGUGAAGAGAAAGAAUCAACAUAUUAUCAAGAGCAGUUUAGUGGAUAUUACUUCUAUUUAUCAUAUUCUCAUCAGUUGGUCUUGGUGGAAAUUAUUAAUUUUAAUAAUUGUUGCGCAUUUGAUCUUGCAUUUGAUAUUCGCAUUACUGUAUUUUGUAGCAGGAAAGGAUACCAUUGGUGGAUUGAACCCUGAUUUUGAUGAAGGUGAUUAUACUGCAUACGGAUUUUUGCAAUGCUUUUUCUUUUCAGUUCAAACCAUGUUCACCAUCGGAUACGGUGGUCUAUAUCCAAAAUCAAUUUAUGCAAACUCCAUUGUGGUAGUUCAAUCAUUCUUGGGUCUCUUUACAUCAACCAUUGUUGUUACCAUAAGUGUCGCCAAAUUCUCAAGACCUACAAAGCUGAGAAAGAGAAUAUUUUUCAGCAAGAAUGCUGUGAUUAAUCAUGUUGGCUAUUUUUCAACUCAAGAAAUUUAUAAUGAAAUUAGUCAGCGAGGACAAGUGACUAUUCCUCCUCAGCCUUUUAAGGAUACCUUACCAAUGUUUUUAAUAUUUAGAUUUGUUAACACACGAAAAACACAAUUUAUUUCUACAAAAUUCAGAUUAUUGUUAAUCGAAUGGAAAAAUGAAGAUGAAAGAGUGGAAUAUGAAAAAUCACAAACUCAACAUGCCAACGAGCUUUUACAAAAACAACAAGUUAGAGUUCGUAAAAAUCGUACAGCAGGACUUAUUCAACAAUACAUUGAAACCAACACAGGCAACAGACCAUUGCAAAAUGACGACUACAAUGCAUUACAUAUUUCUGAGGAUGCAAUUCUGUAUGGAGGAAGUAACAACAAUACCAGCGAAACUUCGCCCCUUACCAGUUUCUGGAGAAAGAAACCUCAACGAGUUGGAGUGUAUCCUGUGGUUCAUGAGCUUUAUUUCCAGAUUAAUAACCAAACAGGAAAAUGUAUGGAUAUUGAUUUAUCUGCACCCCUGUUGUGCCUUCCAUUUACUGUAGUGCAUCCUAUCACAAGAGAUUCACCAUUGUAUCCAUUAUUGACAAGCGAAAACCAAACCAGUAGAAACACUGAAAUUGUGGCUUGUUUUGAAGCUGUUGAUGAGGCUACCUCGGCCAAUGUGCAAGCACGAUAUUCAUACACCAUGAAUGACAUUCUGUUGGAUCAUGAGUUUACUUCAUGCGUUUUUAGAAACGACCAAGAUGAGCUGGAAAUUGAUUUUGACUCACUGUCUUCGGUUAGGCCAAUAAAGUUGUAA